CUCUUCCCGCGCGGGUGCUAAGGCGACCUCCGCCCCGGGGAGCCGGUUGCUUCUCAGCUGCUGAUCGCCGACGGCUCCGGGCCACCUGUUACUGCUUACCUCGCUGAUGUUCCCAGACUAAGAAUGGCAUGCUGUGGAGGAUGCUGCAGUAGGAGUGUCUAAUCCCCUUCUCUUUGCUGGUACCACUGGGAAGCUUGAUUACUCACCUCCAUGUUCCUCUACAGAAGACCAAUUGCUGACCUUAUCCAGGUUUGCUUCUCAAGCUGCUUUUGACUGCUCUGGACAGUAGCAACACAUCGAAUCUGACAUGAUUCUUCCUGGUUGUGCUGCUGCAGAUGGAAUUUUGAGUACAAGGAAUGAAAAUUGAUAGGACUUGUUGGUGUUCGUUCUGCUAUAGCCUGGAAAAUCUCUGAGCUGCAGCAGAGGAGACCUGCAAACAAAAAAAAGGAAACAGAAGCCUUUAACCUACCUUCUUCAGAGAGAACAUUAAAUCAGCACAAUAUGGCACAUCACAGUAUUGUCCUUGGAUUAUUCAUGAUGACUGUUGUAUCACUGUUGGAUGGAAGUUCAGCUUUCCUGUUGAACCAGCGUCUGAAGGGAAGAUUUCAGCGAGACCGUAGGAACAUCCGCCCGAACAUCAUCCUUGUUCUUACUGAUGACCAGGACGUAGAACUUGGUUCCAUGCAAGUGAUGAAUAAAACAAGACGGAUCAUGGAGCACGGAGGGGCUCAUUUCAUCAAUGCCUUUGUGACAACACCCAUGUGCUGCCCCUCUCGGUCCUCUAUCCUUACAGGGAAGUAUGUCCACAACCACAACACUUACACCAACAAUGAGAACUGUUCUUCUCCGUCCUGGCAGGCUCAGCAUGAAAUCCGUACCUUUGCAGUGUACCUCAACAACACAGGGUACAGGACAGCUUUCUUUGGAAAGUACCUUAAUGAAUACAAUGGCUCCUAUGUGCCUCCUGGUUGGAAAGAAUGGGUUGGAUUGCUUAAAAACUCUCGAUUUUACAACUACACACUCUGUAGAAAUGGAGUGAAGGAGAAGCAUGGAUAUGACUACUCCAGGGAUUAUCUAACUGAUCUGAUUACCAAUGACAGCAUUACGUUCUUCAGAAUCUCAAAGAAGAUGUAUCCUCACAGGCCUGUACUGAUGGUGAUAAGCCAUGCAGCUCCUCAUGGCCCUGAAGAUUCAGCUCCUCAGUACUCACAUCUUUUUCCUAAUGCCUCACAACACAUCACUCCCAGUUACAACUAUGCUCCCAACCCAGACAAGCACUGGAUAAUGAGGUACACAGGUCCCAUGAAACCUAUCCACAUGGAGUUCACAAACAUGCUGCAGAGAAAGCGCCUGCAAACACUCAUGUCUGUGGAUGACUCUAUGGAGAUGAUUUACAAUACGUUGGUUGAAACAGGUGAACUGGACAACACGUAUAUAAUAUACACAGCAGACCAUGGCUAUCAUAUUGGACAGUUUGGGCUGGUGAAAGGAAAGUCCAUGCCCUAUGAGUUUGAUAUCAGAGUUCCUUUCUAUGUCCGAGGUCCAAACGUGGAAGCUGGGUCCUUGAACCCACACAUUGUGCUGAAUAUUGAUCUCGCACCUACAAUUCUAGAUAUUGCUGGAUUGGAUAUUCCAUCUGAUAUGGAUGGCAAAUCCAUCCUAAAGCUUCUGGAUUCUGAAAGACCUGUGAAUAGAUUCCAUUUAAAGAAAAAGAUGAAGGUGUGGAGAGACUCAUUCCUAGUGGAAAGAGGUAAACUGCUGCAUAAGAGGGAGAAUGAGAAGGUAGAUGCCCAAGAAGAAAACUUUCUACCCAAAUACCAGCGUGUGAAAGACCUCUGUCAGCGAGCUGAGUAUCAGACAGCUUGUGAGCAGCUCGGCCAGAAAUGGCAGUGUGUGGAAGACGCCAGUGGAAAGCUCAAGCUACACAAGUGCAAGGGAAUGGCAAACUUGGAAGCUGCAGGCAGCAGCAAGGGCACCUCCAAUAUCUUGCCCAAGUAUUAUAGCAGGAAUAGUGAAGACUGCAAUUGUGAGGAGAAUGAGUACAAGCUGAGCCAUGUCGGUCGGAGAAAGAAACUCUUCUCCAAGAAAAAGUACAAACCAAGCUACGUCCGGAAUCGCUCGAUCCGUUCGGUGUCAGUGGAGCUGGAUGGAGCCAUUUAUAACUUGGGGUUAGAGGAUGGCUACCAACCUGUCCUACCAAGAAACAUCACCAAGCGGCACAAGAUGCAGAGGGCUCUGCUUCGUGAGGAGGAAGAUAAAGACCUUGGGGAAUACAGUGGCACCGGCGGCAUCGCGGAGUACGCAGCCCCUAACCUAAUAAAAGUGACUCACAGGUGCUACAUCCUGGAGAAUGACACCGUUCAGUGUGACACAGACCUGUACAGGUCACUGCAGGCUUGGAAGGACCAUAAGCUCCAUAUUGACCACGAGAUUGAAACUUUGCAAAAUAAAAUAAAGAACCUGAGGGAGGUGAGAGGUCAUCUGAAGAAGAAGCGCCCUGAAGAGUGUGACUGUAACAAGAUAAGUUACCACUCCAAGCACAAAAGCAAGCUGAGGCACAAGGGAUCAAGUCUUCAUCCUUUCAAGAAAGCCUUACAGGAGAAGGACAGGCUGUGGCUGCUCCGGGAGCAGAGACGGAAGAAGAAACUGCGCAAGCUGCUGAAGAGAAUCAAAAACAACGACACGUGCAGCAUGCCCGGCCUGACCUGCUUCACCCACGACAACCAGCACUGGCAAACAGCUCCCCUCUGGACGUUGGGCCCUUUCUGUGCCUGUACCAGUGCCAACAACAACACAUACUGGUGUCUGAGGACAAUCAACGAGACCCACAACUUCCUGUUCUGUGAAUUUGCUACGGGGUUUCUGGAGUAUUUUGAUCUCAAUACGGAUCCAUAUCAGCUGAUUAAUGCAGUGAAUACACUGGACAGAGACAUUCUCAAUCAGCUCCACGUCCAGCUCAUGGAACUAAGAAGUUGCAAAGGCCACAAACAAUGCAAUCCCAGAACUAGGAACAUGGAUCUGGGACUUAAAGAUGGAAGCUACGAGCAGUACAGGCAGUUUCAGCGUCGAAAGUGGCCAGAUGUGAAGAGACCAUCAUCUGCCAAGUCACUAGGACAGCUGUGGGAAGGCUGGGAGGGCUAACCACCCCCAGCCUCUGCACCUCCAUGAGGAUACAAACUGGCCAGAACUUGAAUCCAUGUUCAGACUCAAUGGAAUCCUGUACGACUUCAGAACAAAUUCUAACAUUAGCCUGGAGGAGCGGACAAACGUUGAGGCUGAAAUAGAUGAUAGAGUGUUUGCACUGGUGAGUGAGUUACAUAGAUGCUGGGAAGUGCUGUCAGAAAUACAGGUCCCUGAAAUCCACUAUUUUACCUGCUUUCUGCUUUGGAUUAUACCUCACCUGCUUCACAAGGCAUUGUACUUUGAGAAGACACCACUAACAAACACUGUCCAGGAGCUGACAGAAAAGGAGAUGCAGCCACAUCCCAAAGAGGAUUGCCAUCCCAGGGGGCAAAGAGUACACAGAGACAGCAGGAGUGAACUUAAAGUAUUUUUCAGUUCAGCUGGAUCUUCAGAUGUCCUGAGAGAAAACUUUAUAAAGCCAAGUACAGCUCUGAAGCAAGACUUAAACGUGGAUGCUUUCCCCUCAAACUGGGUAAAGGUAAUGGUGGAAAAGAACUUCUAAAGAGAUUCAGGAACUGAAGUGAGCAGCUUUGAACACCCUCAACACCACGCUACUUCUCAAACGUCCUCUGAGGAUACUUUUCAGUUCCACAUCUACUUCUCCAUCCUCUUGCCACCUCUAGGAAAAGGAGAGAGAAUCUUGACUAGCAGGACAGCAAGGUUUUUGGAGGGGUUGUGUAAAUAUUGCUCAACAUACCGUUUGAAAACCAAUUCCUUCAGGUUGUGAAGAAUUUUGUUAAUAAAAGAGUGGAACGCCCACGCCCCCUCUCUCCAAAUGCUACUUCAUGUCACAUAGUCCCUUUCAGAAUUUAGCCACUUUUAAAAGUACUGAAAGCUUUCAGUAAAUGUACAUCUGAACUUUUAAUGAAACCAGAUUUGUAUGAAGUUUGGGGGUUGGGGUUU